CAAAAAGCGACAUGAAAAUACUAUAAAACGGAAGUUGUCUCGCCCUUCCUCAGCAAACACAUGUGUGCCUUUAUGCUAAUAAAAUCUCUUUCUCUUACACUCCCACGCAAAAAAUUCCAUCACUUGUACCUGAUAAAUGACUUUGAGUUUUGACAGAGAUGAAGCAUCUCAAUCAAUGUGGCACUCGUGUCAACUUCAAUUUCUAACCUAACCCUUCUGGCCCUUUGCCUUUGCUGCAGUCACAGUUGAUGAUGCGCAAUGUUUCACUCAAACCACAGUACCAUUGACCUCAUAUCCUCCAGUGAACGGCCGAUCCUUCAGUAUCCCAUCUUCCAUGACACUAGCUUCGAUUCCAGACAAGAAGACCUUCCUUUCUCUCUCUACAGCUUGCCUUCUCCCUCCAUUUUCAACGAUGAUGAAAACGAGGACGGUGCUUCUCUGCAGAUUCACCACGAUCUCUUGUUACAAGGGCAGCAACCGUUGAACCCUCAUCACCAAAUGACGGAUCUCAUGACCUUCUCUGCUGGCGAUUCGAUCGGACACAACACCGGAGUGAAACCCGAAGCGACUGCUGAGCAGGUUGUUCCGACGGAGAGGUCGUCGAAGAAAGAUCGGCACAGCAAGAUCAACACCGCUCAAGGCAUGAGAGACCGGAGGAUGAGGUUGUCCGUUGAAGUCGCGCGUGAAUUCUUCAAUCUUCAAGACAUGCUCGGCCUCGACAAAGCUAGCAAAACCAUCAAGUGGUUGCUAGUGAAGUCGACACCUGCCAUUAAAGAAGUAGCUAGAGGCCUUCAGAAGACCAAGAACCGCGAAAGCAUUCCUAUUAUGAGCGUUCCUUCCAGAUCGGAGCGUGAAAUGAUGCCUGAAAUAGGCAGAAUCGCUAAGGAUAAUCAACAAGAGACUAUUGCAAAAAAGAGAAAGGUCAAACAAUCAAGAAAGACUGUGUUUCGCCCUACGGGGAGAGAGUCAAGGGCAAAGGCGAGGGAAAGAGCAAAGCAAAGAACAAGGGAGAAGAUGAUGCUUCAAGGACUCAAUAGAGGGGAUCGACCUUGCAAGGAAUGGACAGAGAGCGAUAUGAACGACCGACUACCAUCCAAUUGCUCCAUCGGAACUAGCGAAGACUCUGGAAAUCGAGGAAGCGGCAUCGAAGUUCCUAACAUGGAUGUGCAAGUUCAAUUUGAAGGAGAAAGUUCUUAUGAUCAGAAGAGGUAUUAUUCUGAAAGAAAUGAGACAGUGGCUGAUAAUGCAUCUGAAGUUCACAACUUCAACCAUCCUCAAAGCACCCGAGUAGAGCAUCCGUUCACUGAAUUUGAAUUGCUUUUCCAGCCAUGGGAAGCCUACACCGGCCAAUAUACGCGCUAAAUUGGACAAUUUCUAAGCACUUCUCUCUAUGUCAAGAAGGGGAAAUUUUUUCAGGAAUCAGCCUACACCAAACGAGAUAUUGCAUCCCAUUCUGUUGGAUUUACUUGGAAUCUUGCUGUAACUGGUAAAAGACCUAAGUUGCGUGAUAUUGUGGUGAAUUCUCUUUCUUGCUGUGGAUGUGGUGAUGUUUUAGAAGGAAUGAUGGGAAGAAGAUAGUUUACAGACCUUCUGCUAAGCUGCUCCAAGAAAACUUAAUAUUUAUGCUACAUCCGAGUUUGUGGA